AUGAAGCGCAUGUUCCUCCUCCUCGGCAUCCUGCAGCUCCUUGCUGCUGCUGCCGCCGUGUACAAACAGUGGAUCCCCAACACCAAUUUUGAAACUGCCUCCAACUGGGAUAAAGGCAGAGUCCCCUGUGCCAGCGACGUGGUUCAUUUUGAGAAGAACAAGGUCAUCUCAGUCUUCGUCGGGUCUCCCCACGUGCUGACGGACAUGUACCUGCCCCUGAACGGAGAAUUCGUGCUGGCGUCUGGUGCGGGAUUCGCAGCUUUCAAUGGCAGCUGGGAUCCAGGCUGUGACUCAGAUGUGACAGUGAGGUUUGCGGACGGCGAGCACCUUCAUUCGUGGUUCGACCCCUCGCUGUGGCAGGCCAUGAACCCCAGCAGGGAGCUCGAACCAAGCGGGCGCAUCUUUUCUGUGGAUGAGGAACGUGUCCCAUGCCGCUACGACGAUGUUAUCUUCCAGCCCGAAACCUCCUUCCGGGUAAACGUUGACUCAUCGCAGCAAGUGAUUCAUCUCCGCAGCAUCUCACUCAUGGGCCAGGAGUUCAGCAGCCCUGAGGCCUGGGCCACGUACCUGCAGGGUCUCUCUGCCCCGCUGCAGUUCCACGGCAAUGGCACUCUCCAGGUGAUGGGCACCGGCUGUGCCGACAAGUCUGGCUGUGCCUGCGGGAAUACCCCGGACGGCCACCGCAUCUGCGCAGCCCUGCUGAGGACAUCGGGGGGGCAGUGCCCAACGCCAACGGGCCGGAGCCCGCUCCAAUGGUUGGAGUCGUGCUGCUGCGGCAUGGCUGACAAUGUCGUGUCUGUCUGGUUUUGGACUCCAGGAGCCACCAUUAGCCUGGAUUUCACUCCUGAUUUUGACCUGCAGAAGUAUCAGGACAGAUUGGUCCAAGACUUGCUGAGCCAGCCCAGGUACGCCAGCGUGCGGAUGGCCAUAUCCAAGGUGCACAAAGCGCAGACCUUCCUGGGAGUGAUACCCCGAAGCUCCACUCCCCUCAUCCAAAUCGUACUGAUGGAUGAUGGAGCGGGAGAGCAGACUGGCACGACUGCAGAGCAGCUGGCUUCAGAUAUCAUGGAGGACAUAGCUCAGCACGGUGAAGCACUUGGCAUUUCAAGUGGCAAAAUGGAGGUGGCCAGCGGCAGCACUUUCACUGAGCAAGUGGAGAGCCACACAUUGAGGAGGAUCACGGUGGGGAUGGUCUUGGGGCUGCUCUUCAGUCUCCUGUUUCUUGGAGGGAUCUUCUUUCUCUACAGAAAGCGAAAGCUAAGGCUGCCCGCCCUGCAUCCCUCCUGGCCCUGGGACAGAAUGGAGGACCCAGUGUCCCCCACGCCAGCCGGUGACAAAGGCUUCGACAACCCCAUGUUCGAGCAGGAACCACCAAGCACUGACCCUGGGGAGAAGGUGUCACAGGAGACGGCUCCCAAAGACCACCAGAUCUUCUACCUCAACCCUCUGUACAAUGCAAGCGAGACGGAGAUCUGA